GCUGGGGUUUGUAGUCCUUUGGACGAGGGGGCGGUGCGCUCCCGGCCGGCGGUGGGACUGCAGCUCCCAGGGCGCCCCGCGGCGCGGCCGUGUUGUGCCUCCGUGUCGGGGCGAAGGGGAGGAGGAUGGUGACAGCGGGAGGAUGGAGGCCGUUUUGUCUAGGUAUGAAAACCAGAUCACUAUUUUGUCAGACUACUUAGAAGAAUUUCCAGAAACUGAUGAGCCAGUGUGGAUUUUAGGAAGGCAACACCACCUAAACACAGACAAAUCUAAGUUAUUGUUGGAUAUAAGUGCUCGUCUCUGGUUUACGUAUAGAAGAAAGUUUUCACCUAUUGGAGGCACCGGUCCCUCGUCUGACGCGGGCUGGGGAUGCAUGCUGAGGUGUGGGCAGAUGAUGCUGGCCCAGGCACUGAUCUGCAGACAUUUAGGAAGAGAUUGGCAAUGGGAAAAACACAAAAAACAACCAGAAGAAUAUCAUAGAAUCUUACGGUGCUUUCUGGAUAGAAAAGAUUGCUGUUAUUCCAUCCAUCAAAUGGCACAGAUGGGUGUUGGAGAGGGGAAGUCCAUUGGAGAGUGGUUUGGACCAAAUACAGUUGCUCAAGUACUGAAGAAGCUUGCUUUAUUUGAUGAAUGGAAUUCGUUAGCAGUUUAUGUAUCUAUGGACAAUACAGUGGUCAUCGAGGACAUCAAGAAGAUGUGCUGGUCCCCUGCCCAGAGCAGCAGUGUUGCCCACAGCAGUGCACAUUUGCACAGAAGUGCUCUUGGCCCAAACAAGAACACAGCAGGAUUGUGCCCAGGCUGGAAGCCCCUCUUGCUCAUUAUCCCUCUCCGGCUAGGGAUUAAUCACAUCAAUCCAGUGUAUAUUGAUGCAUUUAAAGAAUGCUUUAAGAUGCCACAGUCUUUGGGAGCAUUAGGAGGGAAACCCAAUAAUGCCUAUUAUUUUAUAGGAUUUUUAGGCAAUGAGCUGAUCUACUUGGACCCUCACACCACUCAGAGUUUUGUAGAUUCAGAAGAAAAUGGCACAGUUGAUGACAAGAGCUUCCACUGCCAGCAAGCCCCACACAGAAUGAAGAUCAUGAAUUUGGACCCUUCAGUAGCUUUAGGCUUCUUUUGCAAAGAAGAAUGUGAUUUUGAUAACUGGUGUAGUCUUGUACAAAAGGAGAUUCUAAAGCAGCAGAGCCUGCGGAUGUUUGAGCUGGUCCAGAAGCACCCACCCCACUGGCCUCCUUUCAUACCUCCGAGCAAGCCAGAAGUGACAACCACAGGAGCAGAACUCAUUGAAUCUACUGACAAGCUAUUCGAAUUGGAAGAAGAAUUUGAAAUCCUGAGUGUAUGAAGGAAACUGUGGUGACCCUUCUGAGUAUUGAACAUAUUGCUAAUAUUAUUGCAUUGACAUAAAUUACACAGCCAUGUUAGCCCAAAAGUGCCUGAAAUCAUGGAUAACAGAGCACAAACAUGUGGUAUCAUCCAAAACUCCUACAGGGACAGUUCCUUCUGUCAAAGAGCUUCCCCAGAUGGAAAGGCACCGAAAGAUUUUAUUGUAUGACCCUGAAAGGGAACCUCUUUUUAAUGCGUGUCUUUCUUGAAGACAAAUGGACCUCUGAGCUUAAGGCAAAAAUGUCUGUCAGUGAGUAUGUUUGGAGAAAGGGAUAACACAAAAUGGAUAUUUCUUACUCUCAUAUAAUGCAAUAGUUUAGUUCUUAAAGCAAGAGUCUUCAGUUAAGGAGGAUGUCUACUUCUGUUCCUUCCUGUGGGCUGCCUCAUAGAAAAAAUGCAUUGUCUUGUUUAAAAGAUCAACUGGAUCAGGAGAAAAUUGUUUCCUUGUUAAAUAUUUUAACAUGUAUUUGAGCAACCACACUUUAUGACAAAAAUGUUUCUGUGAAAGGAACUAUGUCUAACGUAUCCAUUUUGCAACAGCCUUCCUCUUUCUGGGAGACCUCAAGAGGAACAGGAGCCUCAAACAGUUGAUACAGAUCACAACCACUGUUAUAGUUAUGAUAUAUUUCACCUUGACCUUAAAGUUCAAUCAUUAAAACUUAGGCUGACUUUUCUUUCGGAGCUAAAGUGAGUCAAAGGUGGUUUAACUGUACCUUAUUUAUUUUAAAAAAGAUUUACACAAGAAUCUGUGUUACUGCACUUUAUCUGUGCAUCUAAUAAAUUUCUUAAGCUUUUCAUAGGUUGUAUGCUGCUAUAUUUUGUUAAUUUGUUUGUGUGAACUAAAUAUAACCCAGGUUAUCUUAAAACUUAAUAUAUAGGCAUAUGCAAAUUACUUAAUUGUUGGGUUUUUGACUUGUUGCCUUUUGAAAUCUGUUUUGGUAAAAGUGCCUUAAUUCUCCAGUUUUAUCAGCAGAGCCGGUGCAGUUUUGUUUCUUUUUAGAAAGAGUAUCACUGUAGCAGCUCUAAGAAAACCAGCUCAGAAUAAAGGCAAAGAUCUUUCAAUUCAUUCUACAGUUCCUUUUUCCUAUCAGUCCCCACUCUGAUCACUUUGUCACGAUAGUGUAAUGGACGUGAGUCGCACACUUUCCUCUUCAGUAAUAAAUGACCAUGUAGAGAAAUCCUGAA